AUGGAAAACCUAUACAAACAAAAAACAAAAACCGCCGGCAACGGCAACGUAGAGGAGAGGAGGAACGAUGCGGGGACAGAGUCCGACGCCGCAUCGAACAGCGAGGGAGGCUCAGAGAGCUCCCGACAAGUGGAGCCUGGGACCGCGGAGACCAGCAAGUUCUUCCGCAAGCGGUCCAGGCGGGAUGGCGACCAGGGGUCGGCAUCCGGUGAAGAGGAGGUUUCGGCCCGGAAAAUCCCCACCAACAGGCGGGGCGGGCUGAGAGGCAAGGGGACCAAUCAGAGGGCCGAACGAGCGGCAAAGCUUGCCGAGGAGGGGCGCCACCCGGACGAUACGGCUCGGGAAUCAGGCGAAGAAACAGAUGCGACUGGCGGCUCCGAGGUGGAGCGUAAGGCCAGAUUCGUAAAGGAGGUGGAGGCCGCGAUCAAGGUCGUGGCCAACAAGCAAAAGUCCUCCUCGAAAGUCAAGGCCAUUCCCGCGGCCUCCGCCUCCAUUAUGGCGGCUGCGGAGGCCAACUUUGCUGGGGCUGGGCCUAAUGCGGACGAGGUGGCGAAGCUGCGGGCGGACGUGGCCCGCCUGACGUCCGCCUUGGAGACUCUCCAGAAGGAGAAUGAGAAGCUCCGCGCAGACCUGGCCAGUCUGCAUAAGCCUGCCUCUCGCGCGGCGCCCCAGACGCAGCGCCCAAGCCAGCCCGUGCCGGUGGAGAACCAGGUUCUGAACCUGGUCCGGCAGGAGCUGGCUGCCUUCCAGCACCGGUUCUCCGUGCUGGAGGGCAUCGUCCUGCGCCCCCCCCUAGGGGCAAACAAGACGGCGGCGAGGCCGGCAACGGUUUCCUACGCGACGGCCACGGCUGCCACAUCCAGGCCGGGGCCGUCCAGCCAGCCCUCGGGUGGGGCUGCAGUUGCCCCUCCCCCCCCUGAAAAUCCGGCUCCGGCAAAACCGAUACCGGCUGAACCGGCUCCGGCUAAGCCGGCGACGGGAAAGAGAGGCAAGGCGAAGGCGAAAAAGGGCAAGGCGGCAGCACAGGUGAUGGCUGCGCCAGCCCCAGUGCCUGCGGCGAAUGGGCCAGCGCCAGCGGCAAGCCAGCUGCCGCCGCCGCCACCGCCCCCGCAGCUCCCUACACCUCCCGCGGCAGAAGCCGGUUGGCAGGUGGUCGGGGAGAAACAGAAGGGGAAGAAGGCAGCCAAAAAGGCCAAAGAGCAGGAGCGGCAGCGUCAGUUCAGGGCGCGCAAGAUCGCGGCUAGGCUCCGCGCCCCGAAGACCGCAGCUGUAGUGAUUACACUACAGCCGGACGCGGAAAAGAAGGGCGUUACCUACUGCGAUCUGCUCGCGAAGGCGAAAGAGGCGGUGGAUCUCGGGGAGCUCGGGAUCACUGGGGGCCUCCGGCUCAAAGUCACCCAGACGGGGGCCCGUAUGCUGGAGAUCCCCGGGGAAUCCAGUGGCGCGACUGCGGACGCUCUGGCUGCAAAGCUCAGAGCGUCCCUGAAAGCGGAUGAGGCCCGAGUGUCCAGGCCCGUCAGAUGUGCAGACCUGCGCAUCAUGGGUCUGGACGACUCGGUAUCGGAGGAGGAGUUGGUGGCCGCCGUCGCCAGGUCCGGGGGGUGCACUACUGACCAGGUCAGGUCAGGCGCAAUACGCCCGGACCAACAGGGUAUGCAUGCCGCCACGGUGUGCUGCCCUGUUACGGCGGCCAAAACCAUAGUGGAGGGCCGAAGGCUUCUGGUGGGCUGGGUCUCAGCGCAGGUUAAGCUGCUGGAGCCCAGACCUCUGAGGUGCUACCGCUGUCUCGUGGGGCAUCACGUAUCAGCGAAAUGCGCCUCGGAGGUUGACCGCAGUGGCCUCUGCUUCCGCUGCUGUCAGCCCGGACACAUAUCGGCGACCUGCUGCGCCACGCCGCACUGUGAUGCAUGUGCGGCGACCGGCAAGCCAGCCGAUCACUGGGCCGGAAGCAGGGCCUGCGCGUCACCCGCCAAGGCCAAAGCCGCGGGUAGGGGAGGGCCCUCCUCCGCCGCCACCGCCUCUAUGGCCACCGCCGCAGCUGCAACUGCCGCCGCCGCCGCUGUCACUGUCGCCGCCGCCGCCGCCGCGACACCGACGCCUGCAGAGGGGCGCCCCGUGGAGGAAGCUGAAAUGGAAUGCCUAUAA